AUGCUAACAGCCUACCCCACUUAUCAGGGCCCACAUACAACUGGCGUCGACUUUGCUACUCCUGUUCAUGUGCCAACCGUGACCAUACCAAAAGCUGAUCACGAUAGCCUCUUGACGGUUGCCCAUCAGCAUGCCAAUCUCCGACGUAACCUUUACAGAGGCGGCAUAACGGAAGAAACUCUGGCUAUCUUGGUCAAGGAUGAUGCUUCGGCCAACGAGAACGAGGCAUCCGCGAUCCAGUCAACGGCCGACGAGACCUCGGAAGGUGGCGGUGCCAUUUUAACUCAACAACCAGUGUCAACAAUCCAGGGUAAUGGCGGCCAAGAUUACACAUUCGGACGCGGUGCCAACUAUACGCCCCGAAAUAGUGACAUCCGACGAGACCCCAAUGUUUUUUACGGCCGCUGCCAGACGAACGAUGAUGUUUCUUUUGUACCCGAUAUCCCAGAUGGAUAUUAUGAUGAACGUAGUGGCAAUAAUGACUCGCACACCAGGCCCCAGCGCCCAACAUAUGACAAGUUUGCCAAGCGGACCGUGCAGCUAUGCAACCUCGCAGAUUCAACCAGUUACUCCGACAUUGUAGAUGUUGUUCGAGGAGGCAUGCUGCUAGACGUAUAUCUUCGUGUCCAUGACCGAGCAGCAAGUGUCUCAUUCCUGGAAGAAGCUCAUGCUCAAGAGUUCUUCCAACACGUCAAGCGACAUGAUCUCUACCUACGAGGCAAAAGGGUUGAAAUCCGAUGGAAUGAUCGCCAAUUUAUCUUGCCCGGCCAUGUUGCGAACAAGAUAGCCAUUGGUGCGACAAGGAACUUGGUCAUCCAGAAUCGUAGUCCAAGACAUACCGAGGAGACCAUCCGGGAUGACCUUGAGCACAUCCAUAAUCUGGUCGUCAUCAAAGUCACUUUUAAUGGCCACAAUGCACAUAUAUCCACAAACUCUGUACACAAUGCAAUGUUUGCCCGUACCUGCAUGAUGAGUCGCACUACAUACAAAGGAUCUAAAAUUGACUGGGAUAACGACGAAUGUGCAGCAGCCCUCGAGCGACCCCAACAGUAUCGAAGGGAAAAUAACCAACCAAAGAAGAAAAAAGGUGCCUCUCUAAUGAACCGCUUUCAACUUCUGAAUAUGGAUGGGGAUGAAGACUCCGCCCAAGAUGACGACCUCGAUACUAGCGGCAUUACAUUCCCCACUCCCAUGUCUUCCGCCGCUACUGGCGUAGCAGCUUGA